UGUAGUGAUAACUGAAAUUUGGUUUGUGCUUUGUUUUUUUUGUGGUCCAAGAUGAUAUUUUGCUCUCGUUUCUCAGAGGUUUCAUGGCAUAUGCAGAUGCGUCAUAUGAAGAAGACUUCAUUAAUACUUUAAGUCGUUAGUCAAUGGCUAUAACUCAUAUUCUCAGCCUGGUUAUAUUCACUUUUUUAUCUCUUUAUCUCUUUAUGUUUAUGUUUAAAGCAUAUAGCAUUACGGCUUGUGCUCUGGUACCUCUUAAAAAAGGUUUUUAUGUUCUUCCCAACGUGUUUUGCCACUACUUUAAAAUUAUCAGUAUUGCAAACCCCCUCCCUACAAUCUGGAGCAAACCGUAGUGAAAACCAGAUAAUGUAUGUCAAAAAAGAUUGCUACGUCCAGUAUAGUUAAACAUGAAUAUGCUCUAUGUGACCAAUCAGGUUCUCUUUUAUUACCGUAGUAAUAAACCUGAGUGGUUCCAAAUAGUAUAAUUAGUUUUGUCUUAAUUUGUCCUAAAAGUGAUUUCACAUUCGUUUGCUUGUGGGGACGAGAUGUGUCACGGGAAACCACAGUUACACUCUGAUAUAAUUUUUGCAUGCUAGAUAAAGUCUUUCGCUUUUGCAUUGCACACUCGUUUCGGAUAAGGGGUAAAAGAGAAGCCCAAAACUUUAUUAUAGGGUUAGGGUAGGGUAUUUAUACAUGCACUAUCACGUAUAUAUUGCCGUUUCCUUCAAAAUGUGGAAGGGUUUUAUUAUGGUUAUAACCGCUUUUGUGUGAUACAGCUUGCAGUCAGCAAGAAGUUGUGGCAGGAAGCCAGGCUCUUGCAAGUGUGUGUGCUGUUAUAGAAGUAAGGACCCCUCCUAUUAUUUGUUGUGCACAUUUGCUACUUAAUUUAUGAUUUUCCUGGAAAUGAGAUCACAAGUUCUCUUAUUACAAAUAUGAAACCAUUUGCGGAGACUACCAGACUGUUUGAAUGCGUUUCGUCCACACUAGUUUAUUUCUGUAGCAACAGACAAAUCUACCGUCCCUAAACGGCUUGCAAACGAAAUGAACCGCGAAUGGUUACUUUUUUUUUUUGAACAGCGUCUUAACCGAUUGAUCUUAACCGAAGUAAACUGCAAAGUGGGCGUAAAUUGCAGCGAAAUGCAAGCAGAGACAGAUCUUUUCUUCUGUAUGGUGAUGCACAUCCAAGAUGAUUAUUAAAUAAUUGUGGACGUGAACUUUGUUCUACUUAGUUUUCAUUGGAUGUUGAGGUGUGGGCAUAGAUGCAUGCGAGCGUUCAGUAGGCUUAUUGUGAUUUAAAAAAAAAAUAAAAAAAUUAGUUUUACAAAGAUGAAUUAUUCACAAGAUCUGUAACAUGCAUUCAGACAAUUCUAAAUGUACACUUUUUCAAUUUUGUUAAGCAUUUGUCAGGCAUUGGUGGUAAAAUUUCUCUUACUAGACACUGUCCAAAAAAACCCAGCAACCAAUCACGGUUCAGGCCAGCAGUUGGCGAUGUCUCUUUGUAAACUUUUAGCAAUUAUGCACAUGCUUGACUGAACCUGUUAGUUUACCUGAAGUAGAUAACACAAGUUUUGAAAUUCAAUUCCAAACCUGUUUUUUUUCAAACGUACCUUUUUUGGCUAUGCGAUAUUGUGAUAUCAUAGAUAAGGAGAUUCAAACGCAUGAUGCAACGAUUGUUGUUGUUUUUAAACUAAUUAAAAGGCUUGAAGAUCUCUUUCGUAGAGAUCUGCUUUCAUACAGGACAUUUUAUUUACUCAACCUGAAUACCCUGGCAACCGCACGGCAACGUUUUGUUUGCGCAAGCAGUAGAUAGAGUUUUGGUAAAGUUAUGUAGGGGUAACCAGUAAACUCAUGGCAGACAUCCUCUAACGCAAACCAGAUGUCGUCCGUGAUGGAUAGUUCCCUUCUUCCUUCUGCUGAAAUGUAAACAGUCCUGCCACACCCAUGGAAACACUCGAGAGCUUCUGAAAUUCUCGCAGUCAGGCGACGCAUGUGGUCCUAACCGGUCUGUUUCUGCUCCAGCUCGCAGCCGUUCGUUCGGGGGGGGACCAAAUGUGCUUCUUUCUGGAAAUACGCAGAUUAAAUAUAGCAGGAAGUUCUGGCGGUUCUCUUUGCCGUGUUGACUGUGUGGCUCCGGUGUUGGGAAAAGCUCCUCCUCAAAGAGUUUCUCACUGGAAAUUAUGCUAAACUCCGAAGGAAAGUGAAACUCGGCAGGCAUCUACGGAGCGGCUGUAGAUGUGCGUCACAUUUGGAUUAAACGCCUGGAAAUUGUGAGCCGUCCCUCCCAGCGCCCUUCACGUGUCCCGAGCAUGGUCAGAGAAGGACUUUGCGUUUCGUAGCGGUGCGUGCCUAUGUCGGAUUCUCCAUUACAUCUCUUACGAGCUCAAGGGCUGAUAUGAAUAAAGUAGCAUCGUGGUCAGAGGAGGAGGUCUCGCUCUGGCUGACCGAACAGGGCCUGCAGGAAUACUCUGAACCGUUGCAAAACUACGACGGACCGGCUUUGUUGAGCCUUACGACGGAUGACUUCAAGAGGUCACCGCUCUCCAGGGUCACGUCAGACGGUGGUCAGCUGCUCCUGGAAAAGAUCGAGACUCUUAAGAUCGAGCAUCAUAUCGACGUCCACAAGAAUGGGCAUGCCAACGGGCACAUGGUGGUGAAUCAUAACGGGAAUGCUGGGAGUGGCGGAAAGGCUCAUCGGAAUGGCGUGGUGAAUGGCUUCCACAAGGAACUGGUGCAGAUUCCCAUACCAGAGCCAUCUUCUCCGCAGUUCCCUUCUGAGUGGGGAAAGACCGCCGUGGCUCUUGUCUACGCCUUAUGCUGCUUCGUCUCGACCACCGUCAUUAUUUCUGUGGUCCAUGAACGCGUGCCUCCUAAGGAGGCAUCUCCCCCGCUCCCUGACAAGUUCUUUGACUUUUUUGAUCGAGUGGAGUGGGCUUUUACUAUAUGCGAGAUCAACGGAAUGAUUCUGAUGGUCUUGUGGAUUAUACAGCUGAGUCUCAUAAAACAUAAAUCAAUUGUAGGUCGACGCUUUUUUUUCAUAGUCGGGACUCUCUACCUCUACAGGUGCAUCACCAUGUACAUAACUACUCUUCCAGUGCCUGGCAUGCACUUCAAAUGCUCUCCUAAGCUGUACGGCGACUGGGAAUCUCAGAUGCGACGGGUGAUGAAAAUGAUUGCAGGAGGAGGUCUGACCAUCACGGGCUCUCAUAACAUGUGUGGAGACUACUUGUACAGCGGCCACACGGUCAUGCUCACGCUCACUUAUCUCUUCAUGAGGGAGUAUUCUCCCAGAAGGUUCUGGUGGUACCACUGGGGCUGCUGGGCUCUGUGUGCAAUAGGAGUGUUUUGCAUCCUCCUCGCUCAUGACCACUACACGAUUGACGUGGUCGUGGCCUACUUCAUCACCACACGUCUAUUCUGGUGGUAUCACACAAUGGCCAACCAACAAGCUCUCAAAGAGACCUCCCAGACCAACUUUUUCACCCACGUGUGGUGGUACCGAUUUUUCCGGUACCUGGAAAGCAACGUUCCCGCCGCCGUCCCCCGCAGCUACCAGAAGCCCUUCUCGUGGCGAUCGCUGCAGUGGGGCCACGUCAAGUACGCGCGGAUAGACUCGGACUGAAUGAUGUGCAAACGCUACAUUUGGAAGGUGGUCUUCAAAACGUGUGCCGAAACGAGCCUGAAGUUGUAGACGAUCCCUUUAAUUAACAAAAGCAAGCCAUCCAAAGUAUCUCAUUCCUCCGUGACGGCCUCGCGGGAUUGGUUGUGGAUGUAAAACUUAGCACAUGUAUGGCUGAAAACGAUUACGUCUUUAGGAGAAACCGUUGUCGGUGAUGUUCUUCUCUGCAAAUUGUGUUAUUGGCUUUGCGUUGACCCGUAGCAUUAUUCUGCACUGCACCAACAAAAUCGCCAGCAAACGAAAUGCCAAGUUAUUUAUUUGUAUCCACAGUAUCUUUGCCCCCGUUUACAGGCACAAAGCCAUCUUUUCAAGCUAUUUUUUUCAAACAAGCAAUGCGACAAACUACAAAUAUUGCAUUUUUCCGUUUGGAAGAAACGAGAAUCGGUUUCGUACAGCGUUACAUUUUUCCAGUCGUCCGCUAAACAGCACGUGCUGUCAGAGUUUAUAUGAAUAUAUUUUUUAUUUUUUUGAACUAAUUUACAUCGAGAGCUACAGAAGAUGGUUUGGAUAAUCUAAUGUUCCUCAGUGCCUUAAUGGUUAAUCUCGAACAGCCCGGUCUUGCAGUCAACCGUAGUAAUGUUUUUAUGUUCGUUCAAAGACGACUUCAGUGUUUUGAACCACGUACGCUUGAAAAGGAUCUCACCCCGUCGCUGGAAUGUAACGACGCAGCCGUUUCCGUCGUCCGCAACCAUUUCUGAGAUGUAUUUAUUUAUGUCUUCGUUCUGUUUAGUGUUCGUCUCUGGAAUCGUUUUUUUGCCACGUUGUUUGUCCGUCAGACAGCUGAUGCUUUGCGGCUCUGACUGAAAUCCAGGUUUCUGGAGUAUUAAGUUCUGGGUUUGACUGACAAGAUGAUGUGAACCGAUCCGUCCUUUCCAUGAGCUGCCCCGUUGACCGCCCGAAACGAGAAGCUGCUAUAUUGUGAUGUUAUAGUAGGAGGUGUUCGUCCACUGACAAACAAAUAAAUAUCAGCACAAAACAGCUUCGCUUCAUUAUUUGAUUUUUUUAUUUUUUUAUUUAUUUGGUCCAGUAGAAUGUCUGAAUUAUCAAUAUUUGUCAUUAUAAUUUUUUUUAGCAUUUUGGUAGAGCAAUACUGUAUAUCAUAUUUUUUUUUGUUACGGUGUAAUUUAUAUAUUAUAUAUUUUGAUUAAUAUUAUACACACGUAGAUAGAUUUAAAGGGAGUUGCGGGUAAAGCAUUACAACGUGAGUUACUUAAUCAGAUUAUUUAAGCAACUAGUAAAGUAGUAAAACACACUAAAUUUUAAUUGACAAGAAAUAUCACAAAAUACAAUAUUUUACAAAAAAUAAUAAAGACAGUUUUAUAUCUGAACAUGCAUUUAUAUCACUGCCACAAAAACAGAUUCUGUAAUCCUCAAAAUUAUUAAAACGGUGAAAACGAUGAAAACCUGCAAUAAUUAAAUGCCAAAGCAAAAGCCCUUUUAUUUAUUUUAUUUGUUGAACAGUGUCAAGUCAACCAUGUUAACAGGCAAAAAUGACUUUGGAUGGAGAAAAAAAAAUGUUUUUGUGUGUUGAACUCCCUUGCAUUGUAUUCUUCAAGCAAUAAAUGUCUGUUUGUUUAAUAAA